CUGCUUUCGUCGACGGAGAACCACGGCGAGAUUCAGCUAUUUGACACACUGCUGCCCAACCUUCCCUCCUCUCCGGGCCUCAAGAUGCCCGCCGUGCCGAGCGAGGCAGAUGUCGUGUACAAUCGGAUGGCCGUGGUGCACGCGAAGCACCAGAGGCUGAUUGCAUCAUGGCUGCCGCCGAAAACCCCCGAGGAGCUUGCCAAUGCGAAGUCUGAGGAAGAGCUAGAGAGGGAGGAGAAGGCUAUUUUUGCUGCGGUGCCUGAGGUGCUUGGUGUAGGAGCACCAAUCCCGAAAGACAUCGCCGAUGGAAGCUUCAAGCGCAAAAAUCUUUCCUCGAACGACAAAUUACUCACGCAAUUACUCGGGAACAAAGCCGCAAAGGCUCAUUUGAAGUCUAAACAAGCAUCUAAGCAUGCGGCCCCCACUCAGAAGCUUACCAGCAAACCCGUGAAAGGUCUACCCCGCCAGGAAGACAGCGAGGAUGAGGAGGAAGGGAGAUCUUCUAUGUUCAAAUCAAAGCGACACAAACCUCGAAAGGUUAUACCAGAAGACGACUCAGAUCUUGGGGAGGAUAGUCGAAGGAAGGAUCUUGUCAAGUCAUCGAAACCAGAUCAGCCUACCAAAACACCCGGCAAUCAGGGCUCUACCGCGCCUAGCAUAAGCAAGAAGCGAACAAGGGAUGUAGAUGAUGAGGCCCAACGGGAUAGCGACGACGAGAUUAGCAAAAUAAAGGGCACGAAGAAGUCGUCUCCACCGAUACUCGAGGGAAAGCAGGACAAGAAAAGCACCAACUACCUAGACGAGGUUUUGUCGGAGCGAAAGAAAAAGAAGAAGAAAAAGCAGAAAAAGAUUGACAUUUAGACUUAGUGCUAAUCAAGAUAUUCAAAGCCCAUCUCAUUUGGGACUUCAUGCGCAAUAUAAAAACCGCUUUACCCUCGUCAGAUU